CAGCAGAUAGCGGAAAGUGGAACCCUGGCAUGUGGCCUGCUAAGACCCCCUCCCCACACUUGGGAUCUAAAGUGUUCUUCAGAGAAGACUCUCCUGGAGCUGGAAGGUUGCUGGACUCCAGGAUGGAUGCUGUGUGUGAAAGCUCCAUUGGGGAAUGCUCCGAUCCGCCCUCCGGCAAGGAGGUGAAGUUACCGCCGCCUAGCAUCGUGCUCCAGCUGGAACCGAAGGCUUUCUCCCAGGUGAAGCUGCCCUACAGCAUCAUCCUCACCACCCUCUUGUACUGUGGGGAGUUUGUGUCUGCUGCUGUCUUAACCGCCUCCUACGGUCAUUCCAACGACCAAUACUGGCAACUCCUGACGCUCUUCUUCAUGCUGACGCCCUCUAUCAUGGACCAGUUCACCCUCAUCUUUGUCCACCGAGACUUGACCAGCGACAAACCCAUGAUCUUAUGCAUGCAUCUCCUCUUACUGGGCCCUCUCAUCAGAUGUCUAGAGGCCUUGAUGAUUUAUUGCCGGUUGGGGAUAGAAGAAGAGCCGUAUGUCACCAUCACGCGCAAGAAGCGGCUCCGCAAAGACUCGGAGACAGAGGUAGAACAGGAGGUCGGCCAGUCGCUGCGCAGGCUGGUCACUCACCGCAACGCCUUCAAGCGCAUGGCUGUGAUCCAAGCCUUCCUGGGCUCCACCCCACAGCUCACGCUGCAGCUCUACAUCAGCGUCGUGGAGCAGUAUGUACCUACCACCCGAGCGGUCCUGAUGAGCAUCUGUUUAGUGUCAGUCACCUACGGAGCUUUGGUCUGCAACAUCCUGGCCAUCCAGAUCAAGUAUGACGACUACAAGAUCUGCCUGCGUCCGCUGGGCUUCAUCUGCAUCAUCCUCUGGCGCAGCUUGGAGAUCUCGAGCCGUAUCACCGUUUUGGUUUUUUUCGGCAGCGUCUUCAAGCAAUACGCCUUGGGCGUCGGGGUGGCCAACUUCCUGGUCUUCUUCUUCCUGCCGUGGAUCCAUUUUUGGCGGAGUGGUGCCCAGCUGCCCGACCAGGUGGAAAAGAACUUCAGCCAGGUGGGCACCAUCUCCGUCCUGUGCUCCAUCACAUUGCUCUACGCCGGCAUCAACGUCUUCUGCUGGUCGGCCGUGCAGCUCAGGCUGUCCGACCGAGACUUGAUCUCCAAGUCACAAAGCUGGAAUUAUCUGGUCUUUUACUACUUGCUGCGGGGCGUGGAGAACAUUGCGUUGAUCAUCCUCUGGUACCUCUUUAAGACGGACUUCUACGAAUACAUCUGCAUGCCCUUCCUGGUGGUGCAGCUGAUCGUGGUCUACUGCCUGGCCAUUACCUUCAUGCUGUUCUUCUACCAGUACUUUCACCCGUGCCGCCGCCUCUUCACACACAACAUCUCUGACUUUUUGGAGUGUGUCUGUUGCAAGUGCAGGCAAACGGCCAGCGCCAGUCAGCUGGAGCCCCCCUAUGAGCCUGGAGUGAGGCAUAGCGUAGUCUGAGACGACAGACCUCGGCUGAUCCUAAGCCAAGCCUGCCAAACGAGUGGGCUGAACAGUGCCUCCUGUCUUGCCACCUAAUUACGCCAGAGGGACAGGCCUUGAUUUUAUGGUGCUAAACUUUAUAAACGGGUGGUCUUCUGGUGUAUUGCUUGAACUGCUCCACCGGGCCAGGUCUGGGCGAACAAGAAGGGACCAGUUUCCCUUCUCUGCAGAGGCAGGGGGUGGUCGGCAUCACACGCCUGUGCAGUAGGGGCCACUGUAACUUGAGAAUGAAUGACUUUGGUAGAGAGAAGCACUCUAGCCAUAGAAGGACUGUUAGAUAACUUCUAGAUGAUGGGGGCUUGCUGGCCCAUCUGCUCUGGUUGCACCCAGCUGCAAAAUACCCACCGAGCCUGGUGGAAAAGUACUGCCAGUUAGCUUUAUCGAGGGCAUGACGGGAGGCGCUUCUGAAAGCCAGUGAACCUUGCUGAUGUUUAGCUCCCACUCGUACUCAGCAUCGUUGUGAUGCUGCAGUCUUCCUCAGUUUGGGUAAAAUUGAGGGGGGGCGGCAUUUCCAAGUGGCCUGAUAACACGCCCUUGCUUUGUUAGCAAGUCAGCUCGAGAGAUGACCUCUUCUUUCCCCAGCCCUGGUGCCGUCCUGUCCUUUAUAACUGUGUAUUUAUUUAUUUUGUUGAACUGAAAAUGGACCGUUUUUACAUACAAAGUGCUGGGAAGUACCCUGCAUUUUAAAAGAA